AACGCUGUGGCUUUAAGAGCACCAAAUUGGGGGGGGGGGAUGCUACUGGAAGCUAAUCAGCGCAGAGGCUGCCUCCAGGGAAAGUAAAAGGGAGAGCAGCCGCCGGUGUCCCCUGCAGUGCCUGAUGUGGGCGGUGGGCAUCGAGGCAGGCAGUACCAGGGGGUCAGCCGAGCCAGGGCGCUGCCGGGGGCAGAGCACCAGAGGGAGAUAGGAAGUCAUGUUCGGCAGUGGUUAGAAGUGGGGAGGCAGCCCCUCGUUCCCGGGAUGGAGCGCCCUUCUCGCUCUCUGUUGGCCUCCAGGAGCUGAGGCUCGGGGAGCUGGGCUAUUUAAACCCACCCAAGUGAAGCCGGGAGGCAGGAUCCUGCUGGCUCUGGCGGGGGGCGGGAUUGCACGUGCUGUGCAAGUGUCCAGGCUCCCGGGGCAGAGGCGAGCGGCGGUCACCUGGGGCGGGGAGACUCCGAGCAGCUCUCUCGCAGAGUGCUUGGAGAUCGCCUGGGUGCGGGAGACUGCCAAGGAAGUGUCUCCAUCCCUUUCCACGCCCCGAGGGAAGGGGUUUUCUCAGGGAGAGGCAUUUGGGCUUUGGUCGCUCCUCCUCGCAGCUUUCUGAUACCAGACCAUGGAGAUCCGGAGACUAUCGGGCCCAGAGCAGGAGCUGAUCCGAGAGAGCUGGCAGAAAGUGAACAGCAACCCUCUCCAGCACGGGAUGAUAUUGUUUACCAGGUUGUUUGACCUGGAGCCGGACCUACUGCCCCUCUUUCAAUAUAACUGCCGGCAGUUCUCCAGUCCCCAGGACUGCCUCUCUUCUCCUGAGUUCCUGGAUCACAUCCGGAAAGUAAUGUUGGUGAUUGAUGCUGCAGUGACACAUGUGGAGAACUUGUCCUCCUUGGAGGAGUAUCUCACCAACCUGGGCAAGAAGCACAAGGCGGUCGGUGUGAAGCUCAGCUCCUUCUCGACGGUGGGGGAGUCCUUACUCUACAUGCUGGAGCAGUGCUUGGGCCCCACCUUUGAUGUAGCCAUGAGGGAGGCAUGGACACAACUCUAUGGGGCUGUGGUACAGGCCAUGAGCCGUGGCUGGAACGGAGAGUAGGAGAUUCUACUCUCUAUAUCAUGAAUCCAUCUCCCCUUCCUGUUGGCCAACAUGUUCACUCUCUCUAUAAUGCUGCUUAGGUUCCCCAGCGUCCCCACCUUCUUCCCCCUCUCUUUCUCUAAGGUUUGAGUAUCCCCUGUUCCUUCAUGCUUCCCUGAGAGCCUAAGAGAGUGUGAAGUGGGAUUACAACCCAGUUCUCAGUCUGUCCUCCCAGCCCCACUUCUACCAACAGAGAAUAGAAGGGAGUUUCCCCUAUGGAUAAAGGUAAAGAUUGGUAGGAAGGGAUAGAGGAUGCUCAAGAGGCAAUACUUCAGUAGCUCCAAGCUAAGGCAUACCCAGUGCAUCCAUCCUUUUCUGUGUUGCCUUUCCCUAUGGUUGUCCAUCUUCCCCAGGAUGCCAGACCUCAACCCAAUUGGGAAAUUGGCAAACUAUCUCUAUCUCUUUUCCCAUUACUUUUCUUUGUCCCAUCCCUUACAAACAUAUUUUCUGUAUGCCAAACCAAUUAUAUCCUAUCUAUCCCUACAACCAACUGCUUAAACAGCGGCUCUUCCCUAUUCUUUUGUCUUAGAAGGGAUUGUGAUCAUGGUGAGGUGUUAUUUCCCCUCCCAGAGGCAGAAGGAGGGCAAUGUUCACUCAAAGGAUUGACCUUCCAAUAGUGGAAUUGGAGGCAGGGUGGUCAUUUCUCAAUAGAGAUUGCUUUUCCAGUCCCCCUUCCCUUUUUCUUUUUUCCCCUCACUCUACCUCCUUGACCCUUCCUUCCUCUUUCCCUCUCUUCCAUUUCCCCCCUUCUCAAAUCUAUAAGACUGACUACAGAACUACAGCCCCACCCCAGAGCAAUGGAUAUGAGAUAGGCCAGUUUCUGGUGUCCUCUUGCACGUGUUCCUAUCUCUCCUUCCAGCUAUUACAUCUUUCCCUCUUGAUCCUUGCUCAUUCAUGCAAACAGCAAUUAAAGAAGCUAUAGGUUUCCAGAUAUUUUUUCCCUCCCUACCCUAGGUGUGCCUUGUAACUUGAUGAGUGUCACCAUCUUUUUGUUCUUAUCCACUUAUUCUACUGAUGAAGUAGCUCUUCAGCUUCUGCUCUAUGCUGUGGUUAUGUAAACCUCAUAAGAAAUAAAUCAGUUCUCUGU